AUGGGCAAGAAGAAGGACAAGAAGCGCGCCCGAGAAGCCGCAGCCGCAGCCGCAGCCGCCCAAAAUCGCACAUCGGAGGCAACGCCAGCAAUGAACGGUCUCUCACAAGAAGUCCACCCCAUGGCUCCUUUCUCAGACCCCGUCAAAGACCACCAUCAAGGUCCGCCCUCAGGAUCUAUCAACCCGUCGUGGCCUGCGAUGAACGCAGCCAUGGCGUUAAGUGGUGCCGCCAACGGUCCAAGUUAUCUGAUGCCCCAGAUGAUGAACGGGCUUCAGAACUUCGGCAUGCCCAUGCUACAGCCGAACCCAUUUCAGAACCAGCACUUUAUCAAUAUGAACGGUAUGGGGAUGAUGAUGGGGAUGCCAUUUAGCACAAUGCAGCCCAACAUGUUUCCCGGCCAACACCCCGCGCCUGCUCUUGCCCAGUAUGAUUUGGUUCAGAGAGGAAUAGAUGCAUCUGGGCAUGCUCCUCUGCAUACCGAGGAUUUGGGCUCAACAAACCCUCCGCGCAGGUCCCACAGAGCAGCCGCAGCAGCCGCCAAUGCGGCCACCACCAACGCUUCUCUCGAGGCCCCCUCAACGGCUUCACCCAGGAGCAAUAGCAAGAACGGGCGCGCAGCCAUCACAGCACCCAGCGCAGCCUCGGGCGGUGUCCCGGACCCGACGCCCUUGUACCUGGCCCGCGCAUCUUUCCUCCCCAAACGCCGGCCCGACCCUGGUCCUCUCCUGGUGGUGAUCGACCUGAAUGGGACAUUGCUGCACCGCCCGGACAGGAGGAAGCCGCACAACUUCCGCAGGCGUCCGCACGCGGACAGGUUCGUGAGCUACUGCGUCGAGACAUUCUGGGUGGUCAUCUGGAGCUCCGCGCGCCCAGACAACGUCAACCGUAUGGUCGAGACGCUCGUAAACCCGGAGCAGUUGCACAAGGUUGUCGCCGUCUGGGGUCGUGACCGGUUUGGCUUGACGCGCGAGGACUACAACGCGCGGACGCAAUGCUACAAGCGGCUCACAACGCUGUGGGAUGAUCCCGUGGUGAAGAGUAGCUUCCCUUCGGACAGGAGAGGGUACGAAGGCAAGUGUUGGGACCAGGGGAACACGGUGCUUAUUGAUGAUUCGGUGGAGAAGGCGAGGAGUGAGCCGCACAAUGCAAUCACGAUACCGGAGUUCACAGGCGAUUUGGAUGAGACGCUUGAUAUAUUGCCCAAGGUACAUGACUACCUAAACGAGCUAUGUUUCCAGGAGGAUGUGAGCACAUACGUUCGGGUCAACCCAUUCAAGAUGGCGUAG